AUGUCCACCCGCACCAAAUCAGCCGUCGAUACCGAACGGCAUGGCAACGGUGAUCUAACGCGCAAAUGCCGCUGUCUACGCUGGACGAAUAGCACUGCAUUGAGCGAGAAUGGGCAUUUGCACGUUGAGCCUGCGCGGCCGACAAAGAAGGCAAAGAGGGGUGCGGUGGCGGAUGAGCAUCAUGAUGGGAAAGGGGAGGGGAAGGGGGCGGGUGUGGCUGAACAAGAUUUUGGUAACGAUGUCUCGGCGUUACCGAGAUCUCCGCGACUCACGUGCCCUCUACAGCCCAAACGAACAAACCAUCCGAAUCCGACGCCAGCCGCAGGAUUUUCGGUAUUUUUCCCUGUUUCUGCCGAUACCCAGUGUAUGUUUUCUUCCCCACCGCUGAAAGAGUACACAGCGCGACCGAAGCAUCGCGAAGACUAUAAUGUACGAGAGACUGAUCCACUCUCUGCAGAAUUAAGUUGCACCUUUCCCCACGAUGCAAUAUUCCUGCUAUCGGCGAUUCCAUUGCUAAACCUGAGCUGCGUAACCCGCGUCGCAACAACGGGCCAGUCCGAAAAGAAAGUGGAAGAAGAAGCAGAAGGAGAAAUGCUGGCGACGAUAGCUAUAUCCCACUUGUUGUUUUACCUUCUCUACCUCCAUUUCGACCAGAGCAGUGAUAUCAGAAGAGAUGUGUUGCUGCAGGUGCAGGUGCAAGGUGCAGCAAUUGCAAUCGCAAUCGCAAUCGCACACGAAUUCACAUACAUAUCCUCUCGGUAUUCCAUCACAGAAACGACAGCUGCGACUUCAACGACAAGAUCAGAAACGUUGAUUCAGGAGAACUUAACCCCGCGGUACGGCAUUGACAGCAGGACUGGGACAGGCGCCAUACCUGGGUUAUUGAUGGCUACUCCCCUGGGAAUGCUGAGGGGAAAGGAUGCGGCAGGAGAGCAUGAACUCCAUGUUUCCCAAGCUCCCCCGCCAGUUUGUCCAGUUGACGAUGAGGCUAUUGAUCUGAUGAAGAAGGCGGGGAUCGAGCGGGGAGAUGAAGCUGGAGCUGAAGCUGUGGGUGCGAACCCAGAUGUCAGGGUUCUGGAUACGAGGAAUAUGGAUUAUAUUCUUAAAAGCGGGUUGGCCGGGGGGAUGGCAGGGUGUGCGGCAAAAACAGUAGUCGGCCCCCUAGACCGCGUCAAAAUCCUCUUUCAAACCUCAAACCCGCAGUUCGCGAGAUACUCCACGAGCUGGUUCGGUGUCGCACGCGCCAUGCAGGACAUCAACAGAAACGAAGGCAUGCGCGGACUCUUCAAGGGCCACUCAGCAACACUGCUCCGCAUCUUCCCCUACGCUGCCAUCAAGUUCCUAGCCUACGAGCAGAUCCGCGCCGUCGUGAUCCCGUCGCGAGGCAAGGAGACGCCCUUUCGCAGAUUGAUCAGCGGAAGCUUGGCGGGCAUUACGUCCGUGUUCUUCACCUAUCCGCUUGAGGUGAUGCGGGUGCACUUGGCGUUUGAGACGAAGCAUGGCGUCCGCGCGUCCCUUAGGAGGAUUUGCAGGCAGAUCUAUAACGAGGGUAGACCUGGUGUGGCUACGGCUACGACUAGGGCUACUUCUGCACCAAUCCCACCUACAUCGACGCCACAUAGUUUCUUCACCAACUCCCCACACCUCCCACGACCCGCCUGGGGUCUCUCAAACUUCUACCGCGGCUUCUCUCCCACACUCCUGGGAAUGCUCCCCUAUGCCGGCAUGUCCUUCCUUACCCACGACACCAUGGGCGACUUGCUCCGUCACCCCAUACUAGCACCCUACACUACAAUCCCUCACUCCGAAAGCCGCACCACAACCACAACCACAACCACCUCCUCCUCCUCUUCGUCGCAACCCCAACCUUACAAACGCGUCCAACUAAAAGCCUCCGCCGAACUCUUCUCCGGCGCCAUCGCUGGCCUCGUCUCGCAAACCAGCUCGUAUCCGUUGGAAGUCAUCCGGCGGCGGAUGCAGGUGGCAGGCGCGAUGGGUGAUGGGCAUAAAGUGGGUAUUGCGGAGACAGCAAGGAGGAUCUUUGCUGAGAAGGGGUUUAGGGGGUUUUGGGUUGGAUUGACGAUUGGGUAUAUGAAGGUUGUGCCUAUGGUGGCGACGAGUUUCUUUGUUUAUGAGAGGGCGAAGUGGUGGUUGGGGAUAUAA